CAACUCUAAGUCAGAUUGUAAAGGCAAUUAGCAAUACAUUUUCAAAAGUAGAAUUAAGCUCGAAUGACUUGCUACUUUCUGAAAUUCUGAACGUUGAAGCUUUGGAUACUUCAAGCUCUCCAAUUAAGAAGGCAUUACAAGAAAUAAUGCUAUGGAAUAGUGUUAAAGAAACUUUAUUGCCCAAGCUAUUACCCAAUGGACUAAAGAAUUUUAUUAUAAACCAAGUUAGGGCUGGUAAUGCUUUAAUACCGAAUGAUGGAGAUCGUCUGUUAUUAUGGAGAAUACCUAUAUUACAAUCGUGUUCAACUAAAUUUAAUGAAUCAUCAUGGGCACAUUAUGUUUUACAACCAAUCGUAAAUUUUGUUGUAGAUUUUAAAGAAUCAGAUAUAUGUAUUAGAUGGGAUACAAUUAUAAGUAAGGCUAGUUUGGAAAGAAAUAAUAAAAAAGGGCCGGUUAAAAAAAAUAACAUAUAUGGAGUAUAUGAAAGUAGAGGACAUUUUGAUUUAGAACUCAUGUUGGGAGAAAUUUCAAAUGAAACUGUUUUGGAAUUGUUUAUUAUUGAUAGAAGAAUCGUACCAUUAUAUCGGAUGAGAAGAUUAGGAAUUGUUGAAAUUCCUUUUUUGAAUAACUCAGUGAAUAAGCUAAUAAAGUUAAUUCAAUUUCUUUAUACAUUUAGUAUUCACAUUGAAGAGAAUUUAGGACUUAUAAAAGAGAUCUUUAAUGAAAAUUUGGACAAAGAUCAUUUUAGUAAUUAUAGUCGUGAGGAUAACGAUAGGAAUGAAGAAAAGAACAUUUAUAAUGAUGAAGGGGAGGAAGAAUGUGAAGAAAUUAGUAGUAGAAUGUUUGCAUUUAUUCCAACAUAUAAUACACCUCGGUCAUCUAUUAAUUAG